AUAAGACACAAAGUGCAUUUCCCACCCCUUUAAUUUGUGUAUUUAUUACAAUAUGUUUUCAUGAAAAUAUUAUGUUAGUCAUACAAUUGAUCUUAUGAAAUCAUGAAAAUGUUUAGCUUUAAUUGAAUUUUUUUGGAAUAAUUUUCUAGAUUUUAUAUGGUAACCAAAUGAUGAUGCGUUAAGUUCUUUUAUUAAAGCUAAGAAUAAAGCUGAUACUGUAUGUUCUCUUGUGUAAAUUGUCAAAUAAACAGUUUAACAGAUGUGAUUGUAAAAGAUGAUUUAAAGUUAAAUAAAAAUUGAAAACGAUCAUGGAGCAAGGUUAACAACAUCGGCAGUCAUUGAUGUGUGCAACAGGCAGGUUAACAGAAUUUUCAAAAUGUUGAUCUCCUUAUAGAUAUUUUCUAAAUUAUUCUAGCAUAAGAUUAAAUAACUUUUAGAUGAUACCACUGCUGUGUUGGUCUUCUAAAUAUAAGCCAGCAGCCAGUUAGCUAACCUUAGGGGAAUAAGGGGAAACAGCAACGCUGGCUCAGUCCAAGAAUAACAAAAUACCAACUAGCUCCUCUAAAACCUGAAUUACACAGGUUAAUCUCAAUGGAAUGUGGAAAACAUGGAGCACUUCUUGGCUACGAAUAGUUGCCAAACAGAAAACUGAGAAUCCAGGAAGUUAUGUAUUUCUCAAAAUGUCAAAUCAUUCCAUCAAGUUAUUGAAAUAAAAAUUGUUACAAUGUGGACAGAAAUAUCUUCCACCCAAUGAUAGCUCAAAUCUUCUCUUUCUACCAUCCGUUAAUCAAGUGUUUCAAAUGUUUAACAUAAAAUCCAAGUUACCUUAAACUGAAUUUGUUUUAUUAUCAUAGUUCCAGUCAUCUGCCAAGGAAAUGUGUUCUGCCUGUUUGACACCUGUCUAUCCAAUGGAAAAAAUGGUGGCCAAUAAACUUAUCCUGCACUACAACUGUUUCUGCUGUAAACACUGUAAGAAGAAGCUCAGCAUACGCAACUAUUCAUCUCUUUAUGGGGAGUUCUACUGCAUUUCCCAUUACCAACAGCUUUUUAAAAGAAAAGGAAAUUAUGAUGAAGGAUUUGGGCACAAGCAACAUAAAGACCAGUGGCUUCAGAAAAAUAAAGGCACACAGGAGGCAGAUGCUUUGUCCACUCCCAAAAUGACAAAAAGCAACUUAAACAGGUCUGACAGCUCCAGAGAGUCCCCUGCUGGUGUGUUUGUUACAAAGUCUUCUGCAAGAGAGCUGAGAGAUAACAGUGGUGCUGAUGUUAAAGGCAAACUAAAAAUGAGCUGGCCACCAGAGAAGAAGAGUACUGGAGUUGAUCUAAUGCAGAAAACAUAUGUAAAAAAGAAGAUAUCUGAAAUUUGUAAAACAUCUACUUAUGGUAUGAGCUUGGCAGACAACAACCAAGUAAAGAUCAACCUUAGUGUAGAAAGGAAAGAUAAGGUGACAACACUGUCAAGUUCCUUCACCUCAGGGGUCAAAGAAAGAACGAAGAUGACAAGUCAGUCAGCUGAGAAGUUGACCUCAGAAGAACCAAUACCCAGGAGUGAUCCAACCAAGGCAAGGCAUUUUCAAGACAGCAUCUCUCCAAGAGUGCCUAACUUUUCUUCACCCUCCCCAGAAAAGGGUAUUAUUCUGACAAUCCAAAAAACAGAACAGAAAAAUGUGGCACCAACCUCAAAAACAUGCAAUAAUUCAACAUCUCACAGGCUGGACACAAAUAAAAGUAAGAAGUCUGUACGGUUUGCUCCAAAUGUUGAUGUUGCUCAGUAUGACCCGUCCAAUCAGCUGACCACAGAAGCCAAGCCAGAAGAACGCAGUACACAGCUUUCUGACCAAACUGAACAGAGCAAAGUGAAUAAAUCUAAUGAUUUAAAAGAUGACAGUGACAAAAAUAACUUUGAUGAGUUCAGCAAAGAACAGAGUGACGGUGAGGUGUACCUUGAAAUCCCUGAAUAUAAAUGUCCUGGAGAAACAAGCAAAAUAUCAAACCAAGAGCCUGAUGUAAAAGUGGAGAGCAGUCAAGAGAUCCCACAGACUGAUGAAGCAAUUCUGAAUGGAGGUGUAGACAAGGUUGAGGGAUCACCUGAUACUCAGAGUUUCACUGAAACUUUUAAUUCAACUGAGGAAGAUGUGAAACACCAAGAGCCAUCUCAGAUAUUGCAGGUCAUUCCAAAAGACUCCGAAUUGGACAAUCCAAGUUCUGCCGAACAUGUGAGCGGAGAGGAGGCCAGUCUUGAAAGAAACAAAAAUCAAUUUGAAAAGAGUGACUCAGCCAAUGAUCAAGAAAAUAGUCAUAGUCAGAGGAAGCCUGUUGCAAGAACAAAUUCUCUGAAGGGUUCUGCAAAACCGUCUGAAAAGACAAAGGUCAAACUGGGAUCCUGGUCCAAAGGAAAGAGUCCUUUGUCUAAACUCUUCACAAACAAAACUGAACCAAAAGAUGCCAAAAAAACAGAUGUAAAACCAAGUGGUGGACUCUUGGGUAGACUGUUUCAGUCAUCCUCAGAGAAGGCAGAGGACCCUACGAAGUCGACUGUACAAGAUGAAAGAACUGACACAACACACACGGAUGACAAAAAGACAGAGGAGGUAAAGGAGGCUGUUACAGAAGAGAUGAAAAAGGAAGGCGACAUGCCUCAAGUAACAACUCAGGAACAAGAGGCUGGGGAGCAAAUAAAGGAAAAGUCACAUUCUGCUGAGCCAAACACACUGGAAUAUAACAAGAGUGAGGCUGUAAGUACAUCUAUACCAUCUGAUCUGCUGAAGACUUCAAAAAGGGAUGCACAAGAUGAUCUAACAGCUCCAGAACAAACUGAUUCAAAUCUAAUUGGUAAUCAAGUUUCAGUCUUGGAAAGCAGUGAGGCUACAGGUUGGUCUGUGACUGAUCCUCCCAUUUCUGUGGAAUCAGUGAGCCAAGCAUCUGAGGAGUCAAUCAAUCACGUAGCCGAGAAGAGCUGUGAUUUAGUUUUGACUGCUCCAUUUACUGAUGAUAUCUUUGUCAGUUCAGCCCCAGUUCAGCCUUUGGUCAAUCAUAUAAAUAGUGAUGAAUCUGCUCUAAUGAUAAAUGAAGAAAGAGAGCCGAGCAGCAGUACACUUUUUGAUCUCAAUGAUGAACUUCCUGAGAAUUCGCCUAAUGUUUUUGGUCCGCCGGACACUCAGGUGAUUUUUAAGUGUCCAUCUUCUUUGAGUGCCGCAGCUUUGUCUGAAGCAGCUCCUGCUGAUCCCUUUAACCUGUUUGACUCCCAACCAAUGCCAACUGAGAAUGAAAUGAUACCUGGCAUAACAGAUCAGCUUAUUGUACCCGAUUUAGCACCUGUAAACCAACAUGAGGAUCAAACCUCAAGUCCUCCUAGUGCAAGCAGCCAGACAAGUGAGCAAGUUACUGACUUUGACAUAUUUAGCUCUGGUGAUGUUCUGAUCACUCAGUCAAAUGCUGUUAAUGUGUCUGAAGGAGGAGCUGAUGCUUCCACAAACCAACCACCUGCCUUCCCCGGUGACAUCUUUGCAUUUGGUGACAUCUCAAACAGUACAGAUGUGUUUACAGUGCUGCCAUCCACCACAGUCACUUCUAACUCACUGAAUGAUUUAUUUGGUUCAGAUACAUUGUCUACUGCUGCUCCUUCAGCUCAGACAGAUAUUUUUGCAGACGACAUCUUUGCAUCAGGACCACAAUCACUGACUGCGUCUGAGCCAAGUGAUGUGAAUUUAUUUGCAGAUAGUCUUGUAGCGUAUGACAACAACAACACAGAGCAAACAGCAGAUAAUACUGUCACAAGCAGCAGCUGGAUGGAUGAUUUACUCGGGUAAAAGCAGAACUGUGUUUACAUGAUAACAACACACAAAGCUGGAAUGUACAAAAAAUAAAAUAAUUCUUUUAUGAUGUCUUUAAAAAGCACUUCCUUAAAUGGAUAUGAUAACCACUUAACAUUUAAUGACUUAACAGAAACAGAAAUCAUUUUCAGUUGCCAUUGUAUCUGUAUCAAACACAAUCUGCAAAAUUCAUGUAAUUUAAAAUUUGUGUGGUAAAUACAAUUUAUGUGUCUUUAUAGUACAGCUGCAAACAUUACACAAUUUUCUUUUCCAACGUUAACACUAAGGGAAGCAGAAAAUGCUGAAUAAAUGAAAAUAUACAUUCAUAAGUGAUUUUGUCUGAAUAAAUAGCUAAUAAACUAAAAGAUUCAAAAUAAUAACUAGGUGUAAUUUAAACUGUGAAAUGUCAUUCAAAUGUAUUCAGGUGUGAAAAUUAUCUGUUUUGAAUGUAUUGAUUACAAGUGAAUCUGUAAUAAAAUUACUACUUUGAG